AUGGAUUGUCCGGGAGUCGCGGCGGAGUUCUGCGGGGUUCAGGACCCUGCAGCGGAGGACAAUAGAAAUCGAAACGAAGACGAUGAAGACGGGGAGGAGACGGGCGACGAUUUCGAGCUGCACGACGGGCCGAUUAACAAUGACGGCGGAGGCAUCUCAGCGGGAGGGCCCGGGUGGGAGGCGUUCCUACCGCAGGGUAGUCUGAGGGUUUUGCUGUGUUCUUCCCUUCCCCUCAACUCCCCCGCCUCCUCCCGGCUUUCUUCUUUCUCCCCGCGCCCUCUCCUGUUCCCAACAGUCACACCCGCGUCCAACGGCGUGCACGCGUGGGAGCUGCUGACGGCGAGCGGUGCAGCUCGGUUCGACCUGGUCCUGACGGAUGUGGUGAUGCCGGGGCUGUCGGGCAUCGGGCUGCUCACGCGCAUCAUGACGCGCGAGGCGCUUCGCGGCAUGCCCGUCAUCAUGAUGUCGUCGCACGACAGCAUGGAGAUGGUGCUAAAGUGCUUCCAGAAGGGCGCGGCGGACUUCCUGGUGAAGCCCGUGCGUAAGAACGAGCUCAAGAACCUCUGGCAGCACGUCUGGCGCCGAUGCCACUCGUCGACAGGCAGCGGCAGUGGCAGCGGCAGCGGCACGAACGGCAAGGUUCUUCGAGAGAAGCGGGGCGCGUACGAGGGCGACGGAGUGGGGUGCAGCUUCAACGUGAACGGCGGCAGCGACAACGGCAGUGGCACUCAGGUUCGUAUCGGCCCCCGUGCUGCUGCUGGGAACGAUGCUGCGAGUGAUGCUGGGAGGGAUAGCGAGAGGGAUUCUGAGAAGGAUGCUGGCAGUCGUCUGCCCUCUACCACCAAUGCUUGCUCUCCCCUUCCCCCUUCCCUCCCCUUCUCCCCGCACCCCUUCCACCGCGCCCCCCCACGCCCAUUCCCCCCCACCCGAUUCGCCCCCCCUCUGUUUUUCCCGCUCUCGUUCCUUCUGCUCGCGCUCGUUUGCGCCGUCAUUCUGAUCUCGCGUGAGGCGGCGCUGCAGAUCGGCAACGAGAGCGAGGAGGGUGCGACGCCGCGCGCGGAGGAGGACCGCGAGAACGAGGGCACGUCCGCCGAGUCCACGCGCGAGGCUUCCGCGGAAGCCAUGCUGCUGGGGGGGCUCACGCUCGCGGGGAAAGCCGCCGCGGCGGACGCCGCCGCGGGUACGGGCGCGGGUGCGGCUGGUGGCGGACCUUUUGGACCUUUCGCUUCCGGUCCUGCAGGAGAAGGGGUUCCGAACCUAGGGACUGAUAGGCUUGGUGGUGUCGGGAGCAGUGCUGUGCGGUGGGGGAGAGGGGGAGGAGGGAGGGGGAGAGGCAAGGGGGUGGCGGAAAAGGUGAUGCCCGGGGAGGCGGAGAUACGGGACGACGGGGGCGGCGGGGCGGCGCGGAGGGUGGCGGAUAGGGAUGGCGCCGCGUGCACGGGGCCCAGCAGGAGAGUGACUGAGGGCCGGAUAAAUCUCGAGACGACGCAAGAAGGGCGCGCAGGGGAGGAUGUGGAAAUGGGGGAGGGGGACGAGGAGGAAAGGGGUGUUAGAGAAGGAGGAGAGGGAAGGGAGGAGGAGUGUAUGGAGGUGGAAGGGGGCGAGGAGGGGCGGAGGGGCGAGGGGAAGGAAGCAGGGACGGGAGGUGUCGGAACGGCUGGGAAGGAACAGAGGAUGCAGCAUCAGGCGGCGCAGCAUCAGCACCAGGCGUCGGGCAACGUCUCCUCCGCUCUCACAGCGUCGCAAGGCGCGGUUGCCGCUGGCGCGCAUGGGAAGGGCGCGAAAGCGGCGCACGUGGCACACGCCAAGGCGCCUGGGGCGCACGGGGGAAAAGGGGCGCAAACAGGCAGGGUCGUUGGCUUCUGUGAGGCCGUGACGGGAGGCCUCGUGCAGAAAGACGCGCGUGCGUUUCCCCCCAUGCUGGGCGCAAUGGACGCUGGCGCUGCUGCUGUCCGCGUGGGUCACGUGGUGGCGGGGCAACCGCAGCAGCAGGUGCUGUGCAAGCCGUGCAAGCCGCCCCCUGUUGCUGCUACUUCCACCACUGCUGCUGCCGCGGGGAAAGGCGAUGCUGCCUGCGUGUGCGCGGGCGCAGAUGCCACCGCUGCUGGUGCGUCUGCUGCAGGGAUGCGAGGGGUAGACGGGAACAUGGGAGCCGGCGCGUCAGCAGCGACUUUCGCAGGGGUGAGUGGCGUCACUACCGCUCGCGCUACCAGCGCUCUCCCUACUGCCGCCGCCGCUACCUGUGCAACCGCGUCUGCCGCUGUGUCGGCCGCGGCAGCUGCCGCUGCUGCUGCUCGCGCUGCUACUGGCACUGUCACUGUCCCUUCUGCUACAGCCGCUACAAGCGUCGAGCCUCCCUCCACUGCAGCAACCGCUGCUGCUGCUGCUGCUGCUGCUGGCGCGGCUGGGUCAGCUCCGGCGCUCCCCAUUACUCCCUUUUCUUCUUCACCGUCUUGCGCCGCCCCUCCUGCUGCUAGCGGAACGCCUGGCGCGCUCUCCCAUUCCCCCGCGGAUGUGCGGGGCGGGGGGCUGCUGCUCAGCACGUCGGGAUGCCCUGGGGGGAGAGAGGGCGGGGGAAGCGGCGGAGGGGGAAGCGGAGGUGGGGGAAGCGGGGGAGGAGGGAGCGGGGGAGGGGGAAGUGGGGGAGGCGGGAGUGGGGGCGGAAGCAGAGGGGACGGGGGUAGUGGUGGAGGAGGCAGUGGGGGGAACGGAAGCGGUGGUGGGGGGAAUGGCAGCGGCGGCAACGGGAGUGGGGGAAAUGGCAGUGGGGGGAAUGGCAGUGGUGAGAACGGAAGUGGGGGGAAUGGGAGGACGGAUCGGUCUGGUGCAGGUGGGGAGUUGACAGAGGCAACAGCAGCGUCAGUGACGGGAGGUAUAGCUGGGGGAGGUCACAUGCACCGCAAUGGCAGCACCUCGGCUGUCACUCGUCUCCCUCUUGCCCCCGCCGCCCCAACCGCCCCUGCUGCCCCUACUGCUCCGGUUGCCCCUGCUGCCGUCCGUGUUGCUCCAACUGCCCCUGCUGCACCCGUUGCUGCUUCUCCUGCAGCUUCAUCCCCUGUGGUUCCUACCGUUCCCUUCGCCUCUUCUGCUGUUGCUCCAACUGCUGCUCCUACUGCGGCAGCCACAGCGGCAGCAGCAGCUGCGGGUUUGUUUGCACGCCCGUUCAACCCCAGUCUUGCAGCGUCAGGGCUCCGCACUCCCCCACUCGGUCUCCCUCGCCCCCAUCCCCACGCGCUCGCGCACCCCCACCCGCACCCGCCCCCGCACUUCGCGCUCCAGCCUCGCGUUCCCCCGACCCUGCCGCAAGUUUCGCCACAAGGGCAGGGUGGGUCUCGAAGGGAGGAACAAGACGAGUUGAAACCAGGAGCGCAGCAGCAACAGGAGCAGCAAGAGCAGCAGGAGAUGCAGGAGGAGCAGAAGCUAGAGCAGGGCGAAAAGCAACGGCAGGAGCGAAAAGAGCGGCAAAAACAAGAGCAGCGGCCACAACAACAAGGCCAAACGCUGUGCCCUCGUGCUCUCACCCUUCCAAACGCAGAAAUGGCCGAAGCUGCAAACGGCACAGCAACCAACGCAACCGUAGCUUUCGUCGCCGCGGCUACACACAACACAGAUGCAGCCGCACCAAGAGAAGCAGCUGGAGACUCCCCACCGCUGCCGGCAGCACAGCAGCCGCGGCGGCGCCACCAGACCCACCACCACCUGGCGAAACACCUGCUGCCGCCCCCUCCGCCGCUCCCUGUCGCCGGUUCCUCCCCGGGUUUGAGACCGCAGGACGCAAGGAGAGAAGGGAGAAGAGACGAUAAGGAUGAAGGGGCGAGGAGAGGAAAGGAGGAGGAAGAGCGGAGAAUGGACUCGGAUGGUGCAGCGGCGGGUGAGGGAAUGCGGGAUAGGCGAGAGGACAGGGAAGGGAAGGAGGCGCAGCAGGUAGUGGCGGAAGGAGGGAAAGGGAAGGACUCGGAGAUUGCUCGUCUGGAAAGCAAGACUCCUCCGUCGCCCAGGGCGACAGGGCAGCCGGUGAAAGCGGUGCAGCAGGAGAGCCAUGGCAAGGUGCGUGUGUCAUCUACAGAAGCUCUGCACUGGGUGGAAGAGUCCAAGGCGCUGCUGCAGGAGCAGGUGCAGCAGGGGCAGCAGGGGCAGCAAGGGCAUAGGCAGCAUCACCACCACCACCACCGGGACCAGCGGCACCACCACCACCGCCACCACCAUCGCGGGCACUCCCACCCGUCUUUGCAGCAGCAGCAUAGUGUCAGUGUCAUGUCGCCUGCUAACCCUGGCGCCGCUGCUGCCGCCGCCGCUGCCGCCGCUGCUGGUGCUGAUGCGGCAGCAGCAGCUGCUGCAGAGGAUGCGAAGGUGAAUGCGAACGCAUGUGGCAGUCCGGAGGGGGGAGGUUCCAACCCUCACAAUGCUGCUGCUGCAGUAGCAGGGGCAGCAGGCGCAGCAGCAGCAGCGGGCGCAGGUCCGGUUGCUCUUUCAGGGCACCACCGAGCCUCGGCCGCAGCUGCGGCUGCCGUGCCUCGAGGCGAGGUUGGGAACGACGGGAGCAGCAACGUGUAUGCGAAGGGCGGCGGUGGCGGCGGCGGUGGUGGCUGCGGCGGCGGCGGAGGGAGAAGGAACGCGCGCGAAGGGGUUAACAACAGCAGCAGCAGUGGCGGGAACGGCAAUGGGGAUGGGAAUGGAAGCUCGGAGUAUAAUGAGAGUGGGGACACGGGGAGAGACAUGGCGGGGAGCGCGCGCGCAGGGAGUGGCGGGCGGAGUGGCAGCGGGCAAGGAUCGGGUGGAGGGGGAAGCGGACAGGGGAGUGGGGGAGGCAGCGGAGGCGGGAGGGGAAGCGGGGGCAGCGGAGGCAGUGGGGGGAGUAAGCGCGGGGAUGCAAGCGCGAAUGGGGCGCAUGAGUGGAGCAGAACGGGGGGAGGCGCGGGGGGCGGUGGGGGGAUACAGGCGCUGUUGUCUUGCGCCAAUGGCAGUGCGGUGGGGUCCAAGGACCAGGCGCAUGACACUGCGGGCAUGACAGGCGCGGGCGGACGCUUCCAGUCCCCACAACGGGGGAACGGUGAAGGGGGCAGUGGCGGGGAGGGAGGUACUGGCGCGGGGAAUGGUAUUGAGGGGAUGGGGAGUGGAGGAGAAGGCGGAACAGGGGGCAGGGGAGGGGAAGGCAGUGGGGGGGAUGGUGGGGGGAGUGGAAACGGAGGGGGUUCGGGGAGGGGAAGUGGUGGGGGAGAGGGGAGUGGGGGGGAGGGUAGCGGAGGGGAAGGGGGGACUGGGGGGCAGGCAAUGGGGAUGGGAGGCGGGGGGGCGGAGGAGGGGAGGCGGCAGUCAGGGGGGCAGUCAGUGAGGCGCGAGGGGAAUGCCAUGGGCGGAGAUGGCGGAGAGGGGGGCAGGGAUGGCGGAGAGAGGAACAGGGAUGGUACCGUUCCCGCCUCUGCCACAGCUGCUGCAGGCGCUGGUGCUAACGGGGAGGCUCAAAGGGGGUUGGAUGGGAUGAGGGAGAGAGGGAGGGGGAGUGCGUCAGAAGCAACAGAGGCGUUAGAUGUGGCAGCGAGGGAUUUGAGAGGAGAGGGAAGCGGUGGCGAGGCAGAGGGGGCGGAGGGCAGUGUUGGGCGAGAGGACGGUGGUGCUGCGUGUGCGGGUGGUGUUGGUGGUGCCGUGGGUGGUGCUGUGGGUGUGGUGGGACGGAAACGAGGCAGAGAGGAGGAGGCAGCGGGUGAGGACAUGGCUGGGAUGGGUGGACGAGAGGGGGGAGGCAAGAGCAGCAAGAGACGCGAGUGGCUCACUGAGGGGAUAGGGGCAGCUGGAGAGGUGCAGCGGAUACAGGCGCAACAGCAACAACAAGGCCAAGCGGAAGAGGAGGAGGAGGAGGGGCGAGAGGGUGCGGAUGUGCACAUGAGAGAGGGUUUUGAGGAGAAGCGGCAGGAGGAGGAUGGGGAGGAGACAGAGGAUGAGAGGGAAGUGGAGGAUGGUGGCGAGGAGCGUGGGGAAGGUGGGAGGGAGGAGGCGGGGCAGGAGGAGGGUGCAGCAGGGCUGCUGUCUCUAUCUGCCUCUCUCUCUGCACCCGCCACCACGCCUUUCCCUGCACCUCCCGCCAUCGCACCUACUGCUGCCGCUGCUGUUGCCGCCGCUGCUGCUGCUGUUGAAGGUCGCGGAGGAGAGGCGGUAGAAGGGGCUGAUGGGGGAGGGGAGCAAGCAGCGCGAGGGGCGGAAGGGGUGGAAGGUGCAUACAGUGCAGAGGGAGCAAGAGGUGGGGAAGGGGCUGGCAGUGCAGACGGGGCGGAGGGCAGUGGCAGGGUGAUGAGUCGGCAGGCGGUGCGAGAGGCGGCACUUAAUAAGUUCCGGCUGAAGCGCAAAGAGAGGAACUUCGAGAAGAAGGUGCGUCCGUAUUCUUGA